UGUUGUCGUCUGUGUGUUUGUCUCCACGUUGCUUCUAAUGAGCGAAGAUGUCGGAAGUGGACGAAGCAAGUAAACCCUUGUUUGCAGGGCUGUCUGAUGUGUCCAUCUCUGGAGAUAUCCCUGUGGAAGGAGAGAUCACAGUUCCAGUAGGGUCUCUGUCACAUGAUGAUGAGUACUCUACACUCGAUGAACCAGUGAAAGAAACCAUUCUGAGAGAUUUGAAGGCAGUAGGAAAAAAGUUUGGCCAUGUGAUGUAUCCUAAGAAAAGCACAACACUACUUAGAGACUGGGACUUAUGGGGUCCUUUGCUGCUCUGUGUCACAUUAGCUCUCAUGCUACAGGGGGGGUCUGCAGACAGCAAAGAAGAUGGAGGGCCCCAGUUUGCUGAAGUGUUUGUUAUUAUAUGGUUUGGAUCUGUCAUUAUUACGUUAAAUUCCAAGUUGCUGGGAGGCACUAUCUCGUUCUUCCAGAGCCUGUGUGUACUGGGAUACUGUAUCCUGCCUCUGACUGUUGCAAUGAUUGUCUGCAGGCUGGUGCUACUAGGGGGCACCGGGACAGCUAGUUUUAUUGUUCGAUUUAUAGUAGUGGUUGCAUCGUUUGGUUGGUCAACGUUUGCAUCCACAGCCUUCUUGGCAGACAGCCAGCCUCCGAAUCGCAAAGCCUUGGUUGUGUAUCCAGUGUUCCUGUUCUACUUUGUCAUCAGCUGGAUGAUUCUUACCUUCUCCCCAUCACACAGCAACACAGGACCCUGAACUGACAGCAUUUCUCCUGAAGACUAAGAGACUGUUCUUCACUUCCAUUUGGGAAGGAAUGGAAUUGGAAGCUGGAAGGUUCAGGUUGACUCAAAUAAGCAGCAACAGCCCAAAAUGACCAUCAUGUGUUUUAAACUAUUUGAAAUAACCCUUAGGAAUAAAUGCAUUAAACAUGGCACUGGACCAUAUGUUAUCUUUUAAAAUACCAUUAUUAUUUUUUAUUGAAGUCUCUCAUUAAUCUUUAACAAUUUAGCAUUUUCAAGGAAUUGGAGAAUAUGCAUGGAGCGCGAUAAUAUGAAUGGUACAUAAUUCUCUGUGGAUUAAAAAAUGCCCAUCAUAUGCAGGUUUUACUGAUGGAUUAAAAUAGUGCCUUAUGGUAGGUUGUUAAGUCAACCAAAUAACAUGAGCCAGCAAUGCAGAGCUGUUUGAAACGCCAAGUAUUUCAGCAUUUAAAUGACUGGUUUUCCAGUGUACUGCUGGAUAGAAAGCAUUCCCUGACUCGGAAAGACAGCAGACCUAUCCUGAUGAAUACUUCAGGUUUUGGAUUCUUGGUAGAAUUUGUUUCAGAGGCAACUGGCAUAAUACUAGUACAGUCUAACGCAACUGCACCCCCAGCAAAACUGAAUCACACAGUGAGCCACCCUUCUUCAGGAAGACGUGCAAACCCUUUGUUGCUAAAUUUGCUCUGCAGCUUGAGAAUUGUGGUUGGGUUAUUCUAUGCUACUCUUUUUUGUCCACAAGUGAACUGCACUUGAAUAUUAGAAAGUGUUACCGAUUCCAAUACUGUUCUGUUUGUUUCAGUAAAGAUUCUAUAACCUUGCUACUUGUCAGGAUGAUUCUGGAUGUAUAGAACUCAGUGUAUGUGCAAUGUAAAAACUAUUUUAUGUUUAACUUGUUCUUUUAAGACUUUGUUUUAUUGUAAAAAAAAAAAAAAAAAAAAGUUAUUUUAUGAAUACAGAUGUUAUAAUUUGUGGUGAUCUAGGGGGGUUGAAAUGAACAAAGAUUGUGUGACAUUGUCACAAACUACUGUUUUUUGUUUUGUUCCCCCCCUCCCCAAUGGAAUUACAUAAAUGCAGUUCAUUUCACACAAGCACUUGAGUCUGAUUUAUGAAUCUGGGUUCUGAAGAAUCCAUGCAGGUAAGGAGUUUCCACAUGCAGUUAAAGUACUGGAUGUAUAAAUGUGGACCAUUCUUAUAAACUGUGUGUGUUUUUUUUUUGUUUGUUUUUUUGGAGGGGUCUGCAUUUCUUACACUGUUUAAUAAAUAUAGUUAAUUUGUUACCUGCAGCUUUGACUGCAUCUCUUGCACACAGCAUUCACAGCUAAAAUAUUAUUUACAAAAAACCUUGUAAACCUCUGUGUUCUAAAUGACUAAUAUUCAAUAAAUAAAUCUCGGUGUGAUAGAUAUAAGUGAGUGAUUCAGAUAAAGAAAGUUAUUGCACUUUGCCAUUCUUAAAUGUUGAAAACGUUUACUGAUCUUGUGUAAGUGGACACAAAACAGCGUGACGAUUCCACUAAUAUGGUUGUGUUUUGGGUCAGAUAUUUUACAUGGGAAAUGUUUAUUGCAGAUGAGCUUCAACAUACCUUUUUAGUUUUUUUUUUUUUUUUAAAAGCAGGGAAUAUUAAACAUGCCUUAAUGUGCUGUGCAUGUAAAUAAACCCUUAUGUAUUUGUUACUCCACACUAGAAAGAAGUUUGUCACCUUCAGUGAAUACGUUGAAAAAAUAUUUAAAAUUGUCACCCUGAACAGUACAUUACUAAUCUAAAAGAUCAAUUUUUAUAAUUAGAAUUUCUUUGCGACUGGAUAUUUGUUUUUCAAUGAAAGUGACGCAUCGUUUUCUAAAGCAGCGUCCUUUAGACAUUACUACUGUUUCUUAAUGUCUGCUGUAAAUGUCAUCAGAAAAUAUCAAAUGUUUUCUUUCUGUUGUGCAUGUAUAUACUGGGCUUCUCAGAAGAAAUGUCAAUUAAUUGCACAUUUAAAAACUGAUCAUUAAAAUUUGAC